AUGGCGAGCAAUGGGACGUUUCCUUUACCCUAUGACCAAAUCGAGGGCCUGGUAAAGUCUCUAUACGCACCUGGCCAAGCAAAGAAAAUCUCCGAAACCGAGGCCACGCUGCGUGUGCUGCAACGCUCACCCGAAGGCUGGGAGAUUGCAGACCAUCUCCUAAAGAGCGACGAUGAACAGGUCCGCUUCUUUGGCGCCCUCACUCUCACUGUCAAGCUCAACGCCGACUCGGCUGAAUUGAGUGAAGAACACUCAGAGCAACUUCUAUCCACGCUUAUCCGCCAUCUCGUUUCACGUCCCACUUCGUCCAUUGCAACGCGUAAAGUGAGCUCAACCCUGGCCCAGUAUUUCACGAAGCCAAUUUCCGUAUGGACUCAGUGCAUUAGGAGCCUGGCUGUAUCCUUUGCUGCUCAAACACCUGUCCUGGACGAUGCGCUAGAUAAGCAUCCCUCAACAUGGGACAUCUUGCCACGAUUCACAGAUGACCAGCUUCUGGUCAUGCUGGACUUCGCUAUGAGCUUAGCAGAUGAGUCCAAGAAGCCAUCCAAUUUCCAAGAUAGGAAGCCGCAGGAGCGCAUGAUGGCGAACAUAGAGAGUGUUGAGACUCUUCUCCAAGUAUCGUUUGGUCGCGGUAUCGAGUGGCUAUCAGCAUCUAUUGGGGAUGUAAAUCACGCCCAGUCAGUACAUCAAGGGGAGAAGAUCUGCGUCGCGGCUCUAAAGUGCUUCACCGGAUGGAUCUUCUACGCCCAGUCAGAAUUCAGAGAUAGCCCGGAGAAGCUUCAACAUCUGCGUUCUGUUACAGAGCUCGCCUUGACAUGUCUGGAACAUCAUGUCGAAGAUUCAAUGGAGCUUGUAGCUGAGAUACUGGAGAACUACCCCGCUUUCUUUGAACCAAAGCAUCAAGAAGCACUUUGGUCGAUAAUAUCGGGUCCAUGGGGCCUAGAGAUACUAAAGAACUCUGAUGCCGAAACGGUAUCUCUUGCCAGAAUCAUGGUCGCAUAUGGACAAAUCCUACUUGACUCAAAAGUCAUCUACAAGCAGUCAGAUAAUCCGCAUCACCAACAAGUCCUCUCUUUCCUGCACAAUCUUCUCAAACACCCCGAGCCAGUUGGCGUGGAAGACGAAGUUGCUCCAAUCGUACUUGACUUUUGGAGUAACUUUAUCAGUGCCAUCGCCGAAGAGACCUUUUUGUAUCCGGAAGGGAGCCAAAUACCAGGUUGGAUGGACAAUGCAAAGGCCAAUGUUCUCCAAGCGAUCUCCGAGCUUGUGCAAAAGGUCAUCUACCCACCAGUCGGAGUGACUGAGUCCUGGGAUUCUGAUGCUAGGAAAACUUUCAAAGUCUUCCGCGUAGAUGUCCGAGACAUCAUCAUGGAGGCAUAUGAACCACUACGUAAUGUGCUAACGGAUCAGUUCGUAGAAUUCGCACUAGGUGGAUUACGAGCGGGCAAUUGGUUGGAACUCGAAACUGGCCUCUUCGGCCUGAUUGCUAUCUCUGAUGCCUUGACUGAGAACUCGGACGAGCGUCUAACCAAGCUAUUCCGGGAACCGAUAUUCUCGACCAUAUCAAGCACUGCCGGUGUACCCGCCAUUACACGAAGGACUGCCGUUGAGAUUGUCGCCUCGCUGAACCAUUUCUUUCUCCGAAACCCACACUUUCUUCCCGAAGUCCUCCCAUUCCUACUCGCGACCUUGUCACAGCCAGCGAUUGCACAUAGCGCUGCAAAGUCUUUUGCUUCUCUAUGCUCUGAAUGCCGCAAGUCCCUGACCAAUGAGCUGCCAGCUUUCUUCCAGAUGUACGAGCAGUUCCUCACUUACCCGACGGCCGAAGAAUUCACGAAGAGCAUGGUACUCAAGGGUAUUGCCGCAAUUAUACAAGCCCAGGGUACAGAGGAGAAACAACUAGACGGCGUACGACAGCUUUUUCAAUACAUCACCCACGAUGCCAUGCGAGCGAUUAGUGUCGCGAAAGAAGGAGACGCAGAGCAAGGCCAAGUGCUCGCACUCACCACCUUGAAGUGUCUUGCCAGUGUCGGUAAAGCAAUGCAGGCCUCGGAUGAGGAGGUAGUCGACCUGGAAUCUACCAAGUCGCCUUCAACAUUCUGGUUGCAAGGGCCAGGCAAGGAGAUCCAGAAUCAGAUCAUCAACCUCGUCAACUACAUGACACAAAUGUUCCCUGGAAACGAUGAGAUGAUAGAAGCAGCAUGUAGUGUUCUGCGUGCCGGGUUUAGUGAGACAGUAGCCGGACCUUUUGUGCUGCCACCUUCUGCGGCGAUCGACUUCAUUACCAAGGCUACAGUUCAGACACCGAGGCUGCCUUUUGUGUUGGAAACUGCUUGUUGUUGGAUCUCAUCUCACAAACAUAACCAACCCGAAGACUUCCAGGAUCAAGCUCAGCGGCUUCUCCGGCACAACCUUAGCAUCAUGCAAGCGCUUCAACAUCCACGAAAUGAUCCCGAGAUUGCGGUUGGUUGUAUCGAGCUCAUACAGAAUUUCAUCAACGCAGAUCCUCGCAUUAUCACGCAAGAGUCCCCAGAACAUAUUUCUGGCAUGUUUGGCUUUACGGUCGAGUCGAUAAAUUCGCCUGAGGUAUUACCGAAACGAGCAGCUGCCAAGCUAUGGAAAGACAUCUUCGAAAUGGCAGCCAACACCCAAAGCCCGCAUCAAGCCACGAUACAAGAGAUUGUAACACACUUUGGUUCUCCAGUCACAACUGCACUGAUAUCCAACAUAUGUGGCGAGGUGGACUUCACUAGCCUGGAGCAUGUCAUCGUGCCACUCCGUGCUUUGAUCAGAGCCGACAAGAAUGCCCGAGCAUAUAUUACAAAUGCACUGGCAGGGCAGCCGCUUCUACAGCGCUUCCAGGGGGAUCAAGGCGUACAGGAUGUGGUGCGGAAGCUUAUCGAGAGCAUGACUAGGAACGCAAAGAGCACUACAGCCUUCAAAGAUACCAUAAAAGGGUUUUGGCAGAGCUGCAAGCAGUUGCAGAUGCAGCUACAGCCACAGGCCAUUAACCCAGCUCAACGCUUCGCAUACUGA